AUAGAACGAAGCAAAAAGUAGUAAGCAAAAACAUGUUGCGUGCUAUCGGUAUACUUUUACAAUUGAUUGAUUUUCUAAAACUGUAAAAUAAAACUAAAAGUACAAUAUAAAAAUAAUGAAUACUUUUAUAAAGUAAGAACAAUAAUUCAACUAUGUCAGACGAAAGUCUAAUGCCGCUCAAAUUAUAAACAGGUUAGCUUAUUUUGCAAUUACAAUUCAACGAGUAAAUAAUGUCAAAAGGAAAAGUAGAGUUUACAAUAGUUUAUAAAACAAGUGAAGAUACAAAUUACUUAAGUUCUGAACUUAACCAUCACGGCCCAACGGUUAAAGGAUGGAGGUCUUCCAGAAAUUGUGAGUAUCCACAAGAAUUAAUACUUAAGCUUGAAGAACCAACUAUAAUUUAUCAAAUUCAAAUAUUAUCUCAUCAAUAUUUAAUUUCAAAUAAAAUAGAAAUAUGGAUUGACCCAGAAGAAAGUGUCAAAGUGGAUAACUUAAAUUCACAAGCUUUUGAAUACUUAGGUUAUAUUACUUUAAAUGACAACGAUGGUGGUCAAGUAAAAAGUCGAGAGUUAAAAACGAUUUCUUUACCAUUAGCAAGUCCAACUAGUUUAAUAAAACUAAUGUUAUACGAAAAUCACCAAAACACUUUAAAUCGUUUUAACCAGGUAAGUUUAAUUGGAGUACAAGUUUUUGGUGAAAAACUGAACAGUGGAGAACAAGUUAAUGGAUAUGUACAAAGCUCAAUUUGUGAUGAUUUGGCAUUUGAAAUGUAUGUAGAUAAGCAAAUAGCUUCUAUUAUACGAUCGCUAGAACAAAGGAAGUCAAAAGCCGUCUUAGAUGAAAGAUUUGAAUAUGCUCGAAAAUUAAAAGCAGCAAUGACUGAACUGCGAACAGCAGGUGAAAAAUUAGGAAAAUUAGAGCUAUCGAAAAACCAAGCCAUUCAAAAUGAAGACUAUUCGAAAGCAAAAAAGAAAAAAGUUCAAAUGGAAGAAUACAGAUCUCAAGUUUUAACCGAAAACUGUAUAGAAGAACUUUUAGAAAAAAACGGGGUUUUAACGGCUAACGAUGAAGAGCCUGAUGGCUUAGUAGGAAUGACUCCAAACUCAAUAACCGGUGAAUCAAUUAAGUCAAUGGGUAUAAUUUCGCCACCUAUUUUAUCUAAAGAUACAGAUGACAAAAAAUCGAAACAAGAAUUCCGUCCAGAAAAAUCUGAUAUUGAAUUACCAGAUGAACCAGAUAUCUAUCAUAGCCCUGUGUCACCGCUUCAUUACCCUGAAAAUAGUCCAAGAGAGAGCAGAUCGCCAAAAAUGCAACAAACAUUAGUAUCUAAAUCAAUAUCAUUUAGAAGACCAAAACCAGUUCGAUCCAAAUUAAAUAAAACAAGUUACGAAGCAUACGACGAACAAGCCAUUCCUGCACAAAGAUUUUGCCAAACUCAGCAUAAUCAGGAUUUAAACACUGCGCAAUUAAAUGGAAGUUUGGCUUCAUCAAAAUUGAGUGAAAGGGACAAAAAGCAAGUUUCAAUCCCUAUAGCUGUUUUCGGACUCUCAGUGGUUAAACAUUUCUUUUCUAAACAAUAUUCUGACAAAGUAGAAGGUUUAAAACAAAUGGAAGGUACUAUAAAAGAUUCCAUAGCCAACGAUAAUUCUCAUCAUUCGCCUAACAAGAUGACAAGAGCUGCAAUUCAGUUACUUCAUCGCACUUUAAGAGACAAAGUAUUUGCAGUGUAUAAUUUAUCUGCUGAUAUUAUACGAUUUAUAUUUUCUGAAUUCAUCCCAGGAAGGGUAUCUACCGGCGAAGUGUCACGAAGUGUAGAGACUUUACUUCCGGAAUUACUAGCUAAAUCUGGCGAUACUACUCCAAGAAUACACAACAUUGCGAUACACACGAUUUUGAGUAUAGCCGACGUGCCCGAAAUAAGAAAUCUAAAUAUCAUACAAACACAUCUUACCCGUUUGUUCACUGGAAACACACACCCAAGAUUAAUACUAAGUCGCUUGGAAAUGACAGAACAACUAGUUGUAAGCCAAGGCGUAUCUUCAGAUAAGAACAGUGGAAUGACGUGUCGCUCUUUAUGCGAAUUUAGCAUGUCAGCUAUUCAUCAUCCAACAGAAGCCGUUCGCAAAGCAGCAGAAAGAAUUUUAUUACACGUUUACAGAGUUAAUCCACGAUUUGUUCGAAAACAAUUACCACCCGAUGACGAAAUCACUAGAAGAAAUAUUUUAUACAGACAACUAAUGCAAGAAUUUACACGAAUUGAUAUAGAAAAACGAUGUGAGUUGAGUACGAAUAAUAACGCCCCAUGCAAAUUAGUUAGAUCAACAAGUGAAAACCAUUCAUCCUAUUCUCAAAAUAAAGAUUACACUAAAAAUGGUUCUAACACUAAUGAUGCCAAUAAAUUAAGCUCAAGCUCUUCAGCCAGUGUAAAUGAUUUCCAAGGAAAUAGUAGUGAGAAUGGUUUCUUAAAAUGCCAUCGAUGCACAUUUUGUAAAGAGGAUUCAUUGUUUACGGAGGAAGAAUUGAACAUUCAUUUUUGGAAAUAUUGUCCACUAUUAAUGAGAUGUGAACAUUGCUCUGAAGUAAUUGAAAUAAUGGGAUUACGCCAUCAUUUGCUAAAAGACUGCGAUAGUAAGACCAAUUAUACGACAUGUGAUUUAUGUUUGGAAGUGGUCAAAAAUGAUAUUUUAGAACAUCAUGUGUUGGGACCUGCGUGUAUAAAACGUAAAUCAAUAUGUAACACAUGUCCAUUAUGUAUGGUGGAUAUAGGAAGUGAUCUGGAAGAAUGGAAUAAACAUUUAGGUGGUCCAACAGCUUGUGAAAACCACCCUAGGAAAAAUUAUUUGAAAAAAUGUUGAUAUGGUUAUAAAAUUUAAGUAGAAAGUCUUAUUUUAUUUUUAAAUAAAUUGUGUACACUUUUUA